GUUUUUAAUAGCAUUAACCGCUUCGUGUAUUACGUUACUUUUACCGGAAAAAACGGUAUUCUCCCCGAUAAUGAGCAGAGGCGCUACUUUCUCCGGAGACCAGUCCUCCGCCGGGGACUCUGGGAAGGUCCCCGUGGAGCACCUGGACUAUGGGUACAUAGCGCAGUGCAGAGAUGUGAAAUACCUGGAGAGCAUCUGCAGAGUCCUGAGGUCCGGCGACGAGGGCAUUUACCCUCAUCUGAUUGAGUUCUGCGAGAGUCACUUGGAGAAACUGGAUCCGAGGAGCCGAGCGCUCCGGAAGGAGCAGGGUCUGGCCACAGCCGCCAGCCUCUCCAAUGAGGAGUGGAGCCAAAUCACCAAUGAGCUGAAGACAUGGCAAGAAGAAACCCAAAUGGCUGAGACUUUACGAAAACAGCAGUCGGUGUUUGAUGAUUCAGAGGGUGUAAAUAUGCCACCUGUAAGAGGUUCCAAUUGCUCCAUCCGACCAAUUCAGACCUCCGUUCCAAAAGAAAAGCGGGGUUCUUCAAAACGCACUCGCCCACGAGAUUACGGGGAAUGGGACAAGUUCGACGUCGAAAAAGAAUGUGAAAAAAUCGACGUGAAUUUGGUGAAAGGCGCUCCAGCCGCCGUCGUGAACACAAGACGGCCCAAAAUAAAGACGACAGUGAAUGCAUCACUGCUAAGUGAACAGGAGAAGCUCCCGCUGGCGAAUCUCGAGAGGACCAAAGGCAACGAAGCUUUCAGAGCAAAGGAUUACGAGGAGGCUGUGGCGUACUAUUCCAGGAGCCUUUCCAUUACACCGACCGUGGCCGCGUACAACAACAGAGCUCAGGCAGAGAUCAAGCUCAAGCACUGGCACAAGGCCAUGAGCGACUGUGGGAAGGUCCUCGAGCUGGAGCCGGGAAAUAUGAAAGCCCUGCUACGUCGUGCCACCGUUUACAACCACAUGGACAACUUCCGGAUGGCUGCUGAGGACCUGAGGGUGGUGCUCCGGGAGGAGCCGCAGAACGCUGCAGCCACUAAACUUUUGUCUGAAACUCAGAAGAAGAUGAAUGAAUGUCAACCGGAGCAGCAACGCAAAGGCAAGACGAUCCUAAUUCGGGAGGUAGAAAAGGAAGAAGACCGCAAUCACGACGAGACAGAAGCAGAACAGACCGCUCAUCCGGUUGAACGCAGCCAGGCAGUGGGAGGGGAGGAGAGCUCAGCUGCUCCUGGCGAAAGGGGAGACAUGGGUAACUCUCAAAAGAAGCCCCACGGCAGAGGAGGUGCCGGGGCGGGGGGCGGGACCCCCCACGGAGAGCCCCUCGGCCGGAGCAAAGGAGCCGGCGCGGCGGCGGCGGCGGCGGCGGACAAGAACAAAGUGGCGCACGACUCCAGGGAGAAGGUGGCCAACGGAACGGGCAAGCGGGGCUCGAGCGCGUCGGUCCCGGCGGACCCGAGCGGCGGCGGCAGAGGAGGAGGAGGAGGAGGAGGAGGAGCUCCGGGGGGAGGAAACGCGGAGGGAUCUGUCAACCUCGGCGCCCCGUGUGGGGCGCUGCCCCCCCCGCUGGCCCGGCUCAAGAACCAAGGGAACCUGCUGUUCAAGAACGGACAGUUCGCCGAUGCGCUGCAGAAAUACUCACAAGCCAUUCAAGGCUAUACGGAGUCAGGGCUCGACAGUCCGGAGGAUUUAUGCACUCUGUACUCCAACCGCGCAGCGUGCCACCUCAAAGGCGGCAACAGUCAGGAGUGCAUACAGGACUGCAGCAGAGCCCUGGAGCUGCACCCCUUCUCCCUCAAGCCCCUCCUGCGCCGGGCCAUGGCAUACGAUUCCCUGGAGCGCUACCGGAACGCCUACGCGGAUUACAAGACGGUGCUGCAGAUAGACAGCGGCGUGCAGGCGGCGCACGAUGGCGUCAACAGGAUCACCCGGCUGCUGAUUGACCAGGACGGCGCAGAGUGGCGGGAGAAGCUUCCGGACAUUCCCCUGGUGCCGCUGUCGGCUCAGCAGCACCGCCGAGAGCAGCCGCCCAGCGCCGAGGUCCUCCAGGCUCGAGCAGAGAGGAACGCCGAGGUCCGCUUCACGGCGCUGAAGCAAGAGGGGAACGACUACGUGAAGAAGGGCCAGUACCAGGACGCUCUGGGGAAGUACAGCGACUGCCUUAAGCUGAAGCCAGAGGAGUGCUCCAUCUACACCAACAGAGCCCUGUGUUACUUGAAGCUGGAGAGGUUCGCCGAGGCCAAGCGGGACUGCGACGCAGCGCUGAGGGUGGAGCCGACCAAUAAGAAGGCUUUCUACAGACGAGCCCUGGCCAAUAAGGGCCUCGAGGACUACCUGGCGUGCAGCGCCGACCUGCAGGAGGUGCUGCGGCAGGACCCCAACGUGCAGGAGGCGGAGAAGGAGCUGGAGGAGGUGACAGUGCUGCUCAGGCAGAGUCUGGCAAAGGCGUCGCCGGCCAAACCCAGGAAGACCGUCCCCAUCACCGAGGUCGAGGGCGAAGAGGAAACGGCGAGCGCUUCCGACUCGAGGGGCGGUGCCAAAGGAGAGGCCGCCGCCGCCACCGCCACCGCCACCGCCAUCAACCUGCGGCCGGCCAACGCCUACGAGUUCGGCCAGGCUCUGAGCGCGGCUCGCGGCGCCGGCGACGCGGCGGCCUGCGCCGACCUGCUGGCCUCCACCGACCCCGAGGCGCUGCCUCGGCUCUUGAGCACCCAGCUGGACGGGAACACCGUCGGCUUCGUCAUGCGGGCGUUGGACUCGCACCUCCUGGAGAGAGACCCCGCCCUGGUCUACCAACACCUCGACCACCUGCACACCGCCGACAGGUUCUCGGUUGUGUUGAUGCUGUUGGAGAAGGACGAGCGGCGCCACAUGACCCAGCUGUUUGAGCAUCUGUCUGCCGUGCAGAGCGCCGAGUUCACGAAGAACGAUGUUCAGAAUCUGGCCAACAAAUACAUCUGACCACCCCCCCCCCUCAUCGGCCAUUUUGCUCCCCCACUGCAUGCGCCGCCAGCAGCUCCUCCUGGAUUCUAUGCAAAGACACAAGAACUGAGUACACAAAAGGCAGGAAGCUGCCGAAUGUGUGCGCCACCCAAAAGCAAUACAGCGGGAACCAAGCCCCCCCCACACACACACACACACACACGCCUACCGGGUGACGGGAUUAUAAGGAAUAAUUUUUUUUCUCUCUCCAGAAGGUUUUUUGCUAUGCGGAUUAAAUGUUUGUACCACCACUAAUCAUUUGCAUUGUACAACAGGCGGACAGCGGGACAUAUAUAUCUAUAUUAUAUAUAUAUAUUCUAAUAUUUAUAUAAUAUAUAUAAAUAUUAUAUUAUAUAUUUAUAAUCAAACCUGCGAAUGUGGGUCAAACACAUAAAGAUAAAUAACCUGUUUUAUUUACGAGCGCCUGUUCCCCGAGGGGGAGACCUCGGGCCUCCGGUCCUCGUUCAGUCAGCUGAUCUGUUUUAAUGUCGAGUCACUCAAUGGCCGCCGUGUUUGCUCUCAUCGUUUUACCGCUUAGCGAGCGCACAUCUGCACAUUCAUGUUCACACUGGAGGAGCAGCUCCCCAGAUGUGUGCCUUAGCCUUCAGACCGAGGGGGUCGGACUUCUUCUUCGGUUGGGUAUUUAUUUUCUCUCAUGUCGAGUGAGCAGACGCUCAGAGGGGGGGGGGGGGGGGUAUUUAUGUCACUGUAGCUUUUAUCAAAUAUGUUUAAUCAUUUGGAUUCGUGCAUAAUAAAUCAUUCAUGUAUUCAUCUAGCUACACGUGUAUAAUUGUUUAACAUUAAAUUGAUUUGCUAACUUUAAAAGGUAUUCUUUUUGAUUUAAAGAGACAGUUCAUCCCAAAAUCAAUAAUCCAUAUUUGUCUUUGAGAUAUUAAUACAUCUGCCUCAAAUAAAAAACAAACUAAGCAUAACAUUUACUCCAGAUAAUCCAGACAGAUGAUUUGGGGUGAACGGUCUCUUUAAAUAUUUCGUUAUCGUACAUUCCACUUAUCCAAACCCGCUGUUUUCAAAUGUUUUAUCAAAUUCUACAUGAAUGUACCGAAUAGAGUUCCGGGUGAGACGCCCCGUGUUUCUAUUUCAGUCGAGACGUAAGCCGUGUACAGUUCAGGGCUCGUCAAUAAACUGGAAACAUGAGUUCUGUGUCGAGGAAAUAGAUCAAUAAAAAAACAAAUGGAAAACCCGAAUUAUUCAUGAAAAAAAGAAGACAUUUCAUAUAGAUUUUCUUUAUUUUUCCUGAUAUGCAUUAACACGCAUAUCGUUAAGCAAAAUUACCAAACAAAUAUACAAAUACCUUCUGCCCCUUAAAUUAAAUCUGGCACGAGUUCAGAUCAGGAACCGAGAAGCUGGAGAGUUCUGGUGGAGGACGAGGAACCGGACCCGGAGGAACAACCGGCAGACGUCUUAAUGUGGGGGGGGGGGGGGGAACCAAAGGUGGAACCAGAACACGGGUCAACAGAACUUCACACAUGAGCCGAGCAGUGAAGACGGGCUUCACACACACACACACACACACUCUGAAAUAGUGUCGGAACACAGAUUUUGACGGUUCCGGUUGGCAACGGGAAACAAAAUCAACACGGAUGGGGGGGGGGGGGGAAGAGUGAGGGGGAGAGAGUGAGGGGGAGAGAGAGUGAGGGGUGUGUUGGGGUAGAACCAGCACACGGAUCCCAAUUGAAACUAUCAGAACAUCGAUGUCAGGAGGAACACAGGUGGCCGUUCGGAGGCCUCGGGCUCUUUGCGUAGCGUCUGUGGAGCGUGUCGAGCGCUGGAGGUCUGGAGAGUCCCGGUCCUAGUCCCGGUCCUGGUCCUGGUCCUAGCUCGCCCUCGCCCCCCCCCCCUGCACUACACUGUGUUGACCGGAGACAAUUCAAAGGGUAUAAGAUUCAACAAGAGCCUGAGUGCUGUCUUUGGUAGGCAAUUGAAAAGUCUUCAUUUACCACAGUAUGAAGGGUGUGUGUGUGUGUGUGUGUGUGUGUGUGUCACUCCUCCAGAGACGAGGCAGAUGCAACCUAUGAGUCUUGAAGAAGGUAGAGAGAGGGGGAGAGAAAGAGAGAGAAAGAGAGAGCGCGAGACACAAACAGCUUCUUGAAGGCACCAAUGAGUUAAAGAAAGACAUCACCUCUCUCUCCUCCUCUUCCUCUUCCUCAUCGGCCAGAAUAAAAAUCACCUUUGAACAGGACCAAAACAUUUUUUUUUUCUUUUAUACAAUUUCACAGAAUUGAACCAACCCGUCGGUUAAUCUCUUAAUAUAAUGACUUUCAGCAUUAUCGUUGCCCCGCCCCCUUCCAGAGGCCGCGCUCUUAAAUCGCCCCCGGGUACACCUGGGAGGGUUCAAUUCAAACCAACCUACUGGGGGGGGGGGGGGGGGGGACUCAUCAGACUCAGAGAAUAAUACAAAAGAUUCUCUGGUACGAAUAUUGGGAAGAAAAAGAAGAAGGAGCGAGUCAUAAAGCCUGGACCCUGUCUGGAGUUCUGGAAUGCUGUAAGAUUCCCGCCUGGUGUUGCAUCGACCCCCCCC